AUGGAAUUAGUACCACAUAUAAAGGACGGCUCUUGUGGUCUGGAAAGAGGUGAAGAUUGCUGCACGGAGCAUACAAAUCUGGUCUCUAUCAUUGGGUUCUCUGAUGAGAAAGAUGAGAAGAUCAUCAUAACCACGUAUGACGCCACCGGAAGUCUCAGGCAAUAUAUAAAUAGCCCGAAUCUUACAUGGAAGCAAAGAUUGAGGAUAUGUGUAGAUCUGGCUCAUGCAUUGAGUUACCUUCAUUAUGACGAGGGAUGUGAUUAUGGUAUUAUACAUUGUAACAUAACCAGCGACACAAUUCUAUUGGAUGAGAAUUGGGAAGCCAAGCUAUCGGGUUUUGAAAUUUCCAUCAAACAGUCCGUAAACUAUAAAGAUCAGGUGUGCCCUUGUGAACACACUGACACAAUGGGGUGUGUGGACCCAGCAAUUGAAAAGAUGGGAGGUGUGACCCACAAGUCGGACAUCUACUCAUUCGGUCUUGUUUUAUUUGAAACAUUGUGCGGGAGGAAAGCAUUAAUUCAGAACGAGGCUGAUAUGUCUCUAGCUCAGUUAGCCAAGUAUCAUUAUGAAAAGGGAACAUUGCCUGAUAUAAUCCAUCCUCAUCUAUUAAAUCAAAUAUUGUCUCUGCAAUCAUUCCUUAUAUACUCACAUGUAGCAUAUUCUUGCUUAAGUGAUGAUCGAGCACACCGCCCAGAUAUGCACCAUAUUGUGGCUAAACUUGAGAAAGCAUUGGAACUUCAGUUGCGUCGUGAAAAUAUUGUAAGACCCUUUUUCUAUUUUAUUAUCUAUUUUUUGGCAUUCAUUGUUCUUGGAUGGUAA